CUCCAACUCAUUGGCAGCAGCAGCAGCAGCCGCAGCCGCGAGGGCCAAGCAGUGGGGGGACAAGGAAAAGGGCCGACGAAGAGGAAAAAGGAAGAACGCGUCGCGGAGCCAUGGGGCUUGGCCUUGGCGUGCGGGCGGCGCCCUUCACGUACGCGGCGCACGCACUGGCCGUCGCGGCGGCGGCCAUGGUUCUCGUCUGGUCCAUCCAGUUCCGCGGUGGGCUCGCCAUCGAGUCCACCAACAAGAACCUCAUCUUCAACGUUCACCCUGUUCUUAUGCUUAUCGGUUAUGUUAUUAUCGGCGGUGAAGCUAUAAUGGUGUACAGGGUACUUCCAACAUCGAAUCAUGACACAACUAAGCUGAUCCAUCUAAUUCUCCACGGGAUUGCACUCGUCCUUGGUGCGGUUGGAAUAUACUUUGCUUUCAAAAAUCACAAUGAGAGUGGGAUUGCCAAUCUUUACAGCCUGCACUCUUGGAUUGGGAUAGGAACAAUUACUUUGUAUGGUAUUCAGUGGAUAAUUGGAUUCGUCACGUUCUUCUUCCCUGGUGCUGCGCCAAACGUGAAGAAGGGUGUUCUUCCUUGGCACGUACUCUUUGGGCUCUUUGUCUACAUCUUAGCACUGGCUAAUGCAGAACUCGGCUUUCUUGAGAAGCUCACUUUCCUCGAGAGCUCAGGUCUCGACAAAUAUGGCACAGAGGCAUUCUUAGUGAACUUCACAGCAUUGGUUGUCGUGUUAUUUGGUGCCUCUGUUGUGGUGGCUGCUAUAGCUCCAGUUCGCCUUGAAGAACCACAGGGUUAUGAUCCAAUUCCAGAAAACUAGCGCAAAUGAAAUGUACAGCGUAUGCAGUUGCCAAGAUUGGCUGUUACCACAUGGAGAUAAGAUAUUCAUGUCUCUUUAUUGACGAAGAAGGUGAUGGAAUUAUCACAAUAAAGAUGUAGACAUAAAUGUGUGUAUAUACAUUCUGUGACACUUCAAAGUUUCAGUAUAUGCAAAACUGAAUAUGCUGCUUCAUAAAUGUGUGUAUUUGCUUUCAUG